CCUGACUUCCGGACUGUGCGUUCCACAUGCAGGAAGUGAGUUUUCAUCGACUGCUGCUGCCUCCCAGUGUCCGUGGAGAUCAGGCUCUUCCACAGAUACUGAGACAGUUCCACCGGAGGAGGAGUAUAUAGAGGAACACAGGGGUCUGUAUGAGGACGUGAUGAUGGAGAAUCACCGGCCCCUCACAUCACUGGGUAAGAGGAGACUGUCCUGUAUUGUACAGGGAAGAGCAGAUGGGCCCAGUAACAGAGAUACCCCAGAGAGAUGUCCCCGUCCUCUGUAUUCCCAGGACUGUACAGAGGAGAAUCACAGGAUCCCACAGGAGGAUCAGGUAGAACGUCUUUCUCGUAUAAAGGCAGAAGAUAUAGAGGAAGAAGAAGAAACGUAUGUGACUGAUAUUAAGGUAGAAGAUACAGAGGGAGAAGAAGAGACGUAUGUGACUUAUAUGAAGGCAGAAGAUACAGAGGGAGAAGAAGAGACAUAUGUGGCUGAUAUAAAGGCAGAAGAUAUAGAGGGAGAAGAAGAGACGUAUGUGACUGAUAUAAAGGCAGAAGAUAUAGAGGGAGAAGAAGAGACGUAUGUGACUGAUAUAAAGGCAGAAAGUAUAGAGGGAGAAGAAGAGACGUAUGUGAGGGGUGAUCAGCAGUGUAAGGAAGAGGAGAUCCCUACAGAUAUCAGCACAGAUGGACACACAAGCAGGAAUAUCUCAGAAGGACAUCUAAUGUUAUCCCCGGAUUGUGACAUAAAAGAUAAUGACAAUAGACAGGAUUCUCCAGGAGAUAAACCCAUUACCCCAAUUAUACAUCCAGCUCUAUCAGCUGAUCCCUCUGAUCCUGGGAAAUGUUCUCCUGAUCACUCUGAUAUUGGAGCAUCUGUUACAGCUCUGACAGUAGAUACAGUGUUUCCGUGUUCUAUAGAUGCCAAAUGUUUUACACAGAACACAAAGCCUAUUAACCCACGCACAGGUAAGGCAGGUGAAAGGCCACUGAUAUGUUCAGAGUUUGGGAAAUGUUUUGCACACAAAUCAGAUCUUGUUACAAAUCACAGAAGUCACACAGGUGAGAAGCCAUUUUCUUGCUCUGAGUGUGGGAAAAGUUUUACCUGGAAAUCCCACCUUGUUAUACAUCAGAGAAGUCACACAGGUGAGAAGCCUUUUCCAUGUUCUGAGUGUGGAAAAUGUUUUGCACACAAAUCAGGUCUUGUUAUACAUCACAGAAGUCACACAGGUGAGGAGCCAUAUCCAUGUUCUGAGUGUGGGAAAUGUUUUACCUGCAAAUCACAACUUGUUACACAUCAGCGAAGUCACACAGGUGAGAAGCCAUUUUCUUGCUCUGAGUGUGGGAAAUGUUGUGUAAGUAAAUCACAUCUUGUUAUACAUAACAGAAGUCACACAGGUGAGAAACCAUUUUCUUGUUCUGAGUGUGGGAAAUGUUUUACACGGAAAUCACAUCUUGUUACACAUCAGCAAAGUCACGCAGGUGAGAAGGCAUUUCCAUGUUCUGAGUGUGGGAAUUGUUUUGCAAACAAAUCAGAUCUUGUUAGACAUAACAGAAGUCACACAGGUGAGAAGCUGUUUUCCUGCUCUGAGUGUGGGAAAUGUUUUGUAAGUAAAUCACAUCUUGUUAUACAUCACAGAAGUCACACAGGUGAGAAGCCAUUUUCUUGCUCUGAGUGUGGGAAAUGUUUUACACAAAAAUUAAAUCUUGUUAGACAUAACAAAAGUCACACAGGUGAGAAGCCAUUUCCAUGCUCUGAGUGUGGGAAAUGUUUUGCUCACAAAUUACAUCUUGUUAGACAUCAGAGAACUCACACAGGUGAGAAACCAUUUUCUUGCUCUGAGUGUAGGAAAUGUUUUACACGGAAAUCACAACUUGUUACACAUCAGCAAAGUCACACAGGUGAGAGUCCAUUUCCAAACUCUGAGAAAUAAAUAAGCUCUUGUUGCACACAAUUCGACAUCACUCAGGUGAGGAACCAUUUUAAUCUUCUGGAGUAUACUCAUUGCCAUGCGUUGUUCUUCAAGGUUCUUAUCCUAUCUCCUAUGCUUUUUGCAAUAUACAUGUUACCACUGGGUGAAAUAAUCAGAUGUCAUGCCCUCAUCUACCACUACUCUAAAGAUGACCUGUCUUUUGCUCCAGGUACUGAGAACCCAGUACCAAUCCUAAAUGGUUGUCUAGCUGAGCUCCAGGUGUGGGUGAUGCCAGUUGGCUGUGACACAGUCCUGGUGAAACAGGUCCAUAUGGUAGAAGCUCACCAACGCAGGGCUACAGCUCAGCUUUGCCUACCAACCAGACUUACGUUUGGGUGUUCAGAGUUACAAAAUGCUGAUCCUAUGCGUAAUCUUGGUGUCCUGGAUGGCGGAGUGACACUUGGACAUCACGUAUCAGCCACAAUCAGAUCCUCAUCUGAGGAACAUAGCCAGACUCCAGCACUUAUUUCCCUCAGAAUAUCUUCCUACAGUCAUACAUGCACUUGUAUCAUCACACAUAGACUACUGCAAUGUCCUCUACCUGGGUCACCCAGCAAAAUAAUUGCACCGCUUGUAGCUUGUACAGAAUGCAGCAACCAGGCUAUUACCUAACCAGCCCGUUCCUGCCACAUAACACCCACUCUCUGCUCCCUUCACCGGCUGCCUGUAAGAUGGUGACUCUAUUACAUAAUCUUACUGACUCUCCCAGCCCUACAUGACCAGGGUCCAUGGUAACAGAAGCAGCUUCUGCCUCCUUACUGCCCUGCUUGCUUACUUCCAUCUGGAGACAAAGGACUGUUACCAGCAGUACCAAGAAUCACCAAGCAGUUCUGAGAUGUCAGAGGGGCAGAGAGGGUGGUGGCAGUAGUGCUGUAGCGGGGGCUGCCGGAGGCACUGUCUGUGGGUAAUAUUGUCCCCAAGCAGCGCUAAGGUGUCAGAGGGGGAGACAGGGCAGUGGCAGUAGUGGGGGAGGAUAAGGAGGGUGGCAGUAGUGACAGAGGACAAGGUGGGUGGCAGUUGUGGGGUGA